GCCGUACGGGCAAUUCCCUCUGCAGCUCCGACCAUGCAGCGCCUCCAUGCCCGCGACCCUGAGCAGCCCAAGCAACGCCUCCGAGCACCUUCCCGAGAAAAGGGAGCGUGUCUUUCACCCCAUCUUUCACAACCUCAAGCUCCCCCUUUCCCGGAGACAGUCCAGUAAAUGUGAGCCCGGCCGGUGAUGCUGGAGCCCCUGUGCCCGGCCCUGGGCUGGGGUCCCCGGGAGGCAGCGGCAGCAGCAGCAGCAGCAUUGGCAGCAGGAGGCGCGGCGAGCCCGGCCGGGCGCUGAGCUCACCUCCCUCCGCCCCCCCGCUCCCUUCUCCCUCCCCCUGCCCUCCCUCCUCCUCCGCCUCCUCCCGCGCCCAGCCUGCAGCCGGGAUCUCAGUAUUAUGGCAUCGAGGAGAAUGGAGACCAAACCCGUGAUAACGUGUCUGAAAACCCUCCUCAUCAUCUACUCCUUCGUGUUCUGGAUCACUGGCGUUAUCCUUCUGGCAGUGGGCGUGUGGGGCAAGCUGACCCUUGGCACCUACAUCUCUCUGAUUGCUGAGAACUCCACCAAUGCCCCGUACGUGCUCAUCGGGACGGGCACCACCAUCAUCGUCUUCGGGCUCUUCGGCUGCUUUGCCACUUGUCGUGGCAGCCCAUGGAUGCUGAAGCUGUAUGCCAUGUUCUUGUCCCUGGUGUUCCUGGCUGAGCUGGUGGCUGGCAUUUCAGGGUUUGUCUUUCGCCACGAGAUCAAGGACACUUUCCUUAGGACAUACACUGAAGCAAUCCAGAAUUACAACAAGAACGAUGAGCGGAGCCAUGCAGUGGACAACGUACAGGAGAGUCUGAGCUGCUGUGGCAUUCAGAGCUACACCAACUGGAGCACCAGCCCUUACUUCUUCAAGCACGGCAUCCCCACGAGCUGUUGCAUGAACUCCAGUGACUGUAACACUCAGGAUCUGCGCAACAUGACCGUGGCUGCCACCAAAGUCAACCAGAAGGGCUGUUAUGACUUGGUGACCAGUUUUAUGGAGACAAAUAUGGGAAUCAUAGCUGGAGUGGCUUUUGGGAUUGCAUUCUCACAGUUGAUUGGGAUGCUGCUGGCAUGCUGUCUGUCCCGGUUUAUUACUGCUAACCAGUAUGAGAUGGUGUAACAAGUCUUUCAAGAAGUGUGGAGUCCAGAGCCUGUGUGAGCACCAGGAGCUGCAGAGCUGGAGAAGGACUGACAUGAAUGUUGUAGCACACACUGUCUCUCGCACGCACGCACACCCCACGAGCGACCCCGUGCGCGCGCACACCGCACCCACUCCCCGUGUCCCAUGCGUAGUGUCCCAUCCUGUGACGUCCACGGUGCCCCGAGAGCCCAGGAGGUGCCCUCGGCCUGCAGAGCCAGCCCCCAGCCCCGGCCCAGCCCAGGCACCUCUGGAUGUUCUUGGUCACACACUAGUUGCAUCGUAAGUUAACAAAGGUAACUCAUUAACAGCAUUGAUCGGGCUGUGCAUGUAGUGACUGGAGGGCAUAAUUAGCCUUUCACCAUGGUUAAUAAGUGUUGCACACAUUCAUAUAAACCGGUAUAUGAAAUAUAUAUUCUUUUGGUUUUAUCUUAAUUUCUUGUUCUGUUUCUUGCUUUACUAAGGUUUCCAUCCUUUCCCCCCUCCCCCUUGCGCCCGUCCCCCUUUCCCCAAAAACAAAAGGAAUCGGUAAACAUAACAUAAAGAUACUUGAAAAUGAUGUUAAAAUGUUGUGCUUGAAGGGAACUGUUAUUCCUGAUGUUCUUCUACAUCUUUGAUUCUUACUCAGUGUUGUAUGCCUAGUGCGUAUCCCGGUAGGCUUUGUCUAGUGCAUUUUGCCUCGGAACCUGAUCCUGUGUAAUACUGUUAUUAAGCUGUGUUGUUGCUUACUGUGAAGGCAGAAAUUUUUGCUCCCUAUAUUUUUAUUACGUAGCUAUGAACUAAUUGAACUGUGCUGUACUGCGGCCUUCAUACUUUUUUCCUGUUCUUUCUUUUUUUUCUUUCUUUUUGCAUUGAGGUUGCAGCCACCAAAUACAUUGUUGAAUCAAAGCGAAAUAAAAACACACACACACAGACAAAAAAAAAAAAAAAAUCACAAAAAAAAAAUCCAGUCAUAUGAAAUAUUUUUGGGGGAAAGCAAAAGUUUAAAACCUUUUUAAAAAAAUAGGACUUUUUUAAUAAUGCCUCUGUCUAGCAUGCCAACGAGAAUGCAUUGAUAUUGUGAGUAUUUGUGAUAUGCGUAUUAAUAAAUGGAACCAUUACAGA